AAUAAAGAAUUUUAUGAGACAAUAUUUUAAGUUUUAUGGUAUUUUAAGAAUGAAAUGGUAUAGGUAAGAUAUUCCUUUCACUUGCUGCAAAUCGAGUUGAAUACUCCUUCUUUCCUCCAUUUCAACAAAAUUCUAACAUUACGCUUUUUCCUGAGUGUUGUUUCAAUUGGACUAUCUUGUGAACCCAAAUUUCAUUUGAUUGGUGAACUAUAUUUUCUUCCUUCAUUUCCAUUUUUUCAUGCAUUUGCCGGUUAUAAUAAUCUAACUAAUGCUUUUUCAAGCCAAAAAUGGUGAAAUAUAGCCUCCCUCAGGUUAACACCACAAGUCAAAUCUCUCAGUUUUAAACACUACGUUCAAAGCCCAGGAAAGAGAGAGAGAGGGUAAACACGAAAUCUAUGGAGUUUUCAGCCUUCAAACAAACGUACUGGAGAUGGGUUUUCUUGUUGAUAUCUUCUUUCUUAGUUUCCAGCACUUUGGGUGAUCCAAGAAUCACAAACGCGGGGCUGUUCUGCGGCGUCUCCCAGGCGCUGAACGGGACGAACUACGUUCCGGAUUUCACUGAGUUGAUGAAAGAGCUGUCAGAUGGGAUCAGCAAUAAUCACUUUGCUUCAUAUCGGCUCAACGCUUCUCUUCCAAUGUAUGGAUUGACUCAGUGCUAUGAAGAUUUAAAGCAAACGGAUUGCCUCCUUUGCUAUGCGGAGGCAAGGACUCGAAUCCCGCGUUGCCUUCCUCGCUCAGCUCGAAUCUUCCUCGAUGGCUGCUUCUUGCGUUACGAUUAUGAUAACAACUUCUUUCAAGAAGCUGUUUCGUCGGUGGAUACAGUGAAUUGCAGUACCAAUAACGUAACGAUGUAUCGUGAAGUAAAUAACAGGAGGGUGAAUUUGUUUGAGACAAACGUUGAGUAUGCAGUUGGGAAUGUAACGAGUAUUGCUUUGAGAAAAGGAAGAUUCGGGACGGUGGGGGUGGAUGGGAUUUAUGCAUUGGCGCAGUGUUGGGAGAGUCUUACGCCGGAAGGGUGCCGGCAGUGCCUGCAGAAUGCGUCGAUGUCGGUCAGGAGAUGCAUGCCCGGAGAUGAAGGCAGAGCUUUGAAUGCUGGGUGUUAUUUGAGGUACUCCACCAGGAAGUUCUAUAAUGAAGGGGGAGAUUCUGCGGAUGAUCAUGGGAUUUCAAUUGGAGUCAUCAUAGCAAUUGUCUCAGCAACAUCUGCAUUCCUAACACUAGCUAUUUCAGCAGCUUAUAUUAUAUAUACAAAAGUAUCAAAGAGGAAAAGAGAGCUCGAAAAUCUCGGCCGCAUUUCGAAAAAGUUUGACAAAUCGGGUUUGAAGUUCAAGUACGAAAAUCUUGAGAAAGCAACAGAUUAUUUCAGUCUUUCAAGGAAACUAGGCCAAGGAGGAGCUGGUUCAGUGUUCAUGGGGAUUCUUCCUGAUGGAAAAACCGUAGCUGUAAAGAGAUUGGUAUAUAAUACGAGACAAUGGGUCGACGACUUCUUUAAUGAAGUUAAUUUGAUCAGUAGAAUCCAACACAAGAAUCUGGUGAAGCUUCUUGGUGCUAGCAUUGAGGGCCCCGAGAGUCUCCUGGUUUAUGAAUAUGUGCCCAACAAAAGCCUUGAUCAGUUCAUUUUUGAUGAGGAGAAAUCAAAACUUCUAAACUGGAAGCAGAGGUUAAAUAUCAUUGUUGGAACAGCUGAGGGUUUAGCUCAUCUUCAUGGAGGAGGGUCUCAUGUAAGGAUAAUCCACAGGGACAUUAAGUGCAGCAAUGUUCUUUUAGAUGAUAAUCUCAAUGCGAAGAUUGCGGAUUUUGGGCUCGUUCGAUGCUUAGCUACUGAAAAGAGCCAUCUUAGCACUGGGAUUGCUGGAACACUCGGAUACAUGGCUCCUGAAUACCUUGUUCGAGGGCAACUUUCUGAGAAAGCAGAUGUUUAUAGCUUUGGAGUGCUUGUUCUUGAGAUUGUAUGUGGUAAAAAGAAUAGUAGCUUCACAACGGCUGGUUCCCUUUUACAAACAGUUUGGACACUUUACAGAUCAAAUGUAUUGGCUGAAGCUAUAGACCCUUGCAUAAGAGAUGAAAUGUCUGAAAAAGAGGCCCCAGAAGUGCUUCGGGUCGGGCUAUUAUGCACACAAGCUUCGGUUCUCUUAAGACCAUCAAUGGCAGAAGUGGUUCAGAUGUUAACCGAUGAAGAUUACGAAACUCCAACACCAAACCAACCACCAUUCUUAAACGCUAAUGUGCUCGAAGCAGCAAAUUCAUCAAGAUCUUAUAGCACAGACAGUUUCGUAGCCAAUGCAUUGAAAAAAAUUCAGGGUUCCGGUACUUCCUCCGACACUACCAGGACUCGUAGUUCGGAAGAUGCAUCAAGAACACUGUGAUCAUCUCCAUCGUAAUGCGGUGAUUUAAGUUUUGACGAACCUAUGGAUGCGUAAAGAUUACAAUCACGUCCGCAAGCAGAACAUCCGCAUCCCGGACAUUACAGAGUUGGAAUCAAGGCAUAAACUUGAAUCCCAAGGAUUCAUCAUGCAAAAAUUUUGGAAGGUAAGAUGCCAAUGUAGACUUGUCAAUAUGUAACUUAUAUUGCAGCAUAUAAGAAAAAAAGAUAUCAUAAUCAUUGUUCAUUUGAUGGGUUUCUUUUUUUCCUAGGAUUUUCAGAACUUAAUUGAAUUUCCAAUUUUGGGGUUGUUGAUUUUGUUUGUAAAUAUUAUAAUUAGAGUAAAAUUUGUGCAGCCAUUUUGGACCAUAA